AUGGAGAGUGGCUUCUGGGAACUGCUCACAGAGAAGAAAGCUAUCGCAGGGCAGAACCAGGGGCACAGAAAGAGCCAGGACUAUCUGAAGCUGCUUACAAGUAUGGGCAGAAUGAAGGUGACUGUGGUACACACGCUGUUUAUGGUGCUGCUGUUGCUGCUAGGCCUGGGGCUGGGCCUGGGCCUCGGCCUCCACAUGGCUGCUGCGGUCUUGGAUCCGCCACUGAGUGAGUUCUGGCCUGGUGGCUCCGAGGGCACAGCUGGGGCCACUGAAGAGGGAGAAGGCGCAAGGACCACAGAAGCCCUGGUGCUGGGCUACAAAGAAAUGGCACAGCCUGUCUGGCCAGAAGAGGCUGUCUUCGGGGGAGAUGAGGUCGGAGGAAGCAGGAUGCUGUCUCAGAGCAAACAGGACUACCUCAGGUUUGACCUGAGUCCCAGGGACUGUAACACCAUGAUGGCCCCCAAGAUGAAGGAGCAUAACCGCAGCUGCAUAAACCAAUACACAUUCAUCCAUGAAGAGCCAAGCACCGUCAGGGCGGUCUGUGACAGCCCUGUGGUUACCUGUAACCUCAAGGGGCUCAAAUGUCACAAAAGCCCCCGUCCUUUCGAUCUGACAUUGUGCAAGUUGUCCAAACCAGGCCAAGUCACGCCCAACUGCCAUUAUCUGAGUUAUAUCAUGGAAAAGGUCAUUAUCGUAACAUGCAAUGACACGAAGCUGCUGGAGCUUAACUGA